AUGGGAACACGAAGCAGUCGGAUGCCAUGGCACUCGGGGGAGUGUGCCCCAGAGGAGCCAGGUGCCACUGGGGAGGAGGAGGAGGCUGAGGAGGCAGUAGUGGCAGAGAGAAAGGAAGGGAAGGAGAGCGAAGAGGCCAGACCCGCCACCAGUCAGGGGAGCCACAAGCGGAAGACAGGCCCCGGUGGGCCGCUCAGAAAAGUGUCCAGCCGGAAACAUGCUAAAGAUAGUUCAGGGUCCGUUUAUGAGGCGCUCUUCCUGAGAGGAGAAGAGAGUGACGUGCGGAUCCGCGCACUGGGGGAGGAGUGGAACUUGCAUAGGGUCCACUUGUGCCAGUCAGGGUACUUUGCUAGCAUGUUCAGCGGUGCUUGGUGGGAGACAACCAUGGAUACUAUAGAGUUGCAGAUGCCUGAAGAGAACAUUGAUCGUGAGGCACUGCACGAGGCUUUAGGUUCCCUGUACCGAGACUCCAUGCGCAUCCCAGCCCGUCAAGUCGUUGCCAUCCUGGUCACCGCCAGCAUGCUGCAGCUGGACGAUCUGAUUCAGCAGUGCGGGGAGGUCAUGAAGGAGACUGUCAGUGCCCAGACCGUGUGCAGCUACUACUACUCUGCUGAAAGCUAUGGACUCCAGAACAUCAGGAGCAUGUGUCUUCAGUGGCUGCUGGAUAACAUGAUGACCCAGCGUAGUGAGGAGCUAUUGCGAGAAGUCAGCCUGGAUCUCAUGAAAGAGGUAAUUGCCUCUUCAGAUCACUUGGUGAUGGAGGUGGAGAUGGACGUGUACACCAUGCUGAAAAAGUGGAUGUUCUUGCAGCUGCAGCCGACAUGGAGGGGCCCGCGCACUGCCCUAUUGUCUGACACCGACUCAUGGUUUGCCAGGUCCAGGAGGGAGUCGGGUGGCACGCCUAUCCUGGAGACCGAGCAGGGCAGAGCCUUCGUGCCAGUGUUCCAGCAGCUGCGGCUUGCCUACAUAAUCUGGGACCUGACGUCAGCACGCGUCAUCCAACAGGAUGCGCUUAUCCCUGUCACUUGGCUGACUCCAGUGUACAAAGAGCAUUGGCUUGCGCCCCUCUGA